UACUCCCUCCGUACGAGUAUCUACUGCACAGUACAAACGCCAACACCAAGCGCCGCUCGCUAUUAUAAAUGGCCGCCCUGCGAGCAUCCCCCCCGUUGCCGCUACUGGAGCUAGCGUCCGCGAAACAGCCAGACAAGCCCCAAAAGCCCGCCCCAGACGCCUUGACCGCAUGGCUGUCGGGGCCGCAAGCUCAAUCCAUGUCUGCUGCGAAAAAAAACCCUGUGCCAGAGUCGGGUGUGAUACGAUACCGGCGGACGCAGGCUGCAGACGGACGCCAGCCUCCUGCCCGGGGGCCUGUAGGGGAGAACGAAAAUAGGGGAUCAUUGGCCGCCGAGAUGCCUGCAGGGCUUUUGCAUUGGAUUGGAGCGGGCUGCAAGUACCUCUACCUGCGUCUGUAGACUCUAGGUACCUUGACCUAAGUUCUUCGUGCGGGCUGGCUGGUACCUCACUUGAUCUCAUUAAAGUUGCAGCAUCAGCAUCAGCAUCAGCAAUUGAUCCAUAGCACAGGCUGAAGUGUCUAUCAAUGGAUGGCACUAAGACUGCUAGGCACACGUUCGAGCGACUUAUAGUUAGUAGCGCUAGGCUGGGCGGGCAGUAUGGAUAAUGGAGGUGCCAUGGAACGGACGGUACGGUACAUGGGCGAUGGGGUCAACAUUAAUCGAUGGAUCAACGGUCGUGUAGUGGAGGCUUUGCUAUGGACCUUAGUCCUCAUGGAGGGAUGGAAACAUCGAGUUGGCCGGCCCAACA